CGCUUCCCUGACUGGUCCGUGGUACUGCCAUCGCCGCCUAUCACCUCCCCAACCCCGGCCCCAAUCACAAAGACGGCUGCUUUCGAGGUAUGCAGCUUCCGAAAGAAAAAAAAUUACAGCGAGAUGAAAUAUACUAUCGCUUUACGCGUAUCUAAAUAAAAUAACUCCUUGCAGGGGAUAAUAAUUCAUUCGUUUGUAGAGACGACCUAAUAAUUGUCGACCGUGUGUGGAGAAAGCUACGGAGGUAACAGAUUCCCCGGGAAGAGAUGUCAACUCUCUGGCCGGAGGAGCCCACUAGACGAUUCUCCCCCAGCGUUGAGAUUGACUCCAGCUCCGGCAUGAGGAAGAAGGCGAGGGUGAGCUCCCAGCGCUGGCUGAAGCAGGAGAACGACCCGGAAGUGGUUCAGUGGGACACCAUGACCUCUGGCACGGCCAGCGACGUGGAGCAGGACAACACCCUCAGCAGUGCGGUAUCCACCAUGUCCCCCCCUGAGGGCCUGCCCCCCAGCGUCAUGCUGACCAUCACAAAGCUCCAGUGCCUGCUGGAGAGCAAGCAGGAGCGCAUCAACUUCCUGGAGAGGCAGGUGGAGGACCUGCAGCAGGACCGCAAGUUCCUGCGCACUCAAAUCGAGAACCUCACCAGCUCGCGCUCCGCCUCCACCGCUGAAGAUUCUAAACCGGGAAAGCUGUUGUACUCCGACCCCAAGCCGCGGAAAAGGUCGAGGGCCGCCUCGUCCAGCUCGUCCUUCAGCGACGACAGCGUCUCAGAGGAGUCGGCCUCCACGCUGACCUCAGGGGCCUCCAGCGACCUGAAGAGGAAGAGGCAUCACCGCGAGAAGAGGAGAGGGAAGAAGGCUAAAGACUACAGCCGCAAGAGAGCCACCGGGGUGCAGUACGUCAUCCACCGCUACAAGCAGGUGCUCUCCGCCUUCAACAAGAAGAAGAGCAUGAGCGGCGCCUUCCGGCACUACGGCAUCGACCGCAACACCAUCGCCAACACUGCCCCCAUUGCCGAGCUCUACCUGGCUGCCAAGGAGAUGCUGCACCUGGUGGGCCUCUUCCACCCCCGCGAGGAGACGCUGGUCAAGUAUGCGCAGAAGUGUGCCGUGGUCAUCGAGAGCGACGAGGCGCUGUCGCGGAAGAUCGAGCAGAUGAAGGCCACAGGCGAGCUGCUGCCCAUAACCGCCAAGAAGUCGAAAAGCCACUCCCUGCUCUCUGGCCUGCCCGGGGAGUCCUGCAGCAGCGUGGAUCAUGUGGGCUGACGAAACCUCACCGUGUAGCAAUCAGUUCAGCCAGUUAUAGUCACUCUGGAAAUGUUAGUGUACACAGCUGGAAAUUUUCAGCUC